ACCCCAGAUUUAAGAGCUCUGAAGAAAAAUCCAAUAUCGCAGUGAUAAAAAAUGAGAUUAAAUAUUAUGAACUUCACUUAGGAAGAAUCACUAAUUAAGUAAUGGAUGACAGCAGGAAGAGUGGAAUAGGGAAACCUAGAAUAACCAGAUCAAGGGGUGCCUGUUUUAGUUGCAAAAGACUAAGAAUCAAAUGUGAUCAAAUGAGACCAAGAUGUGAAUAUUGUACUCAUACAAAUAGAGAAUGUGAAUAUUCCAACUUGACGACGAUAGAAUUCAAACCAUCAUAUCACAAAGAGAAGUCAGUUACCAUAUAUCAGUCUAAUACACCUGUUCAACAUAAUUUAAAUAAUGUUACCACCCAGUUAGGUAUUACAAAAUUUGAGUUAAAGCUAUUAAAUUUCUUUCACAAUUAUUGUCUUACAGAUAUAACCAAUGGGGUUAGUAAUUCCACGCAAUCUCUUUGGAUGACUCAAGUGCCUCCCUUGUUUACCGAAAGUAAGCUUAUAAGAAAUAGCAUAUUUUCUUUAGCAUCUUUAAAUUUGUAUCCUUUAAGUCGAGAUUUAAAUGAGAACAAAUCAGCCCCAUUCAGGGCCGAUAAUUUAUUACCUGAAUCCAAUGAAUUAUUCAUUCAAGCUUCAAAGUAUUUCAGUAAUACAUUAUUAGGAAAGAAUGAAUUGAUAAAUAAAUUACUGAAUGAAAAUUACGCUACUCAAGAACUACAUACUAAAGUGGUUUUGGCAACAGAAUUAUCGGUAUCUAGUAUGAUUAUUGCUUUGUUUUUAAGUAUGCACUCGCAUAGAAUAUUACCGUUGAUAUGCUUUGAUAGAUCAGAACCUGAUUAUGUUUCAAUUUGUAAAGGGUUGUAUCUGUCUAUUAUUUCAUUUCAAUCGACCUUUGCAUAUAAUGUGUUUCGUGAAGUGCUUGAAUAUCAUUUUAUUAUUAAAGUACCACCUUUCAAAGAAACUCCAUUUCCGAUAUUAGUUGCAUUACGACAAGAUUUAGAAUUGGAAUACUUGGACAAAGAUUUGUCAACAAGCACCACUGAGGAAUUUAAUACUAUGUAUGAAGGUCUUGAAGUAUUACAUUCAUGUAUUUAUAAAAGCAGGAUGGAUGGAUAUUCAGUUCCACUACUUAAGUGGUUAUCACUAUUAACCACUCAAUUUUAUGAUUUAAUUUAUAGUAAGAAUUUCUACAGCUUAAGAAUAUUAUACGUGUGUGCAUGUUUGGUAACCAUGUUUAAAUUUCAAAAUUACAAAGAGUCAACUAUUUGGGUUGAUUUCAUGAAUUGGUAUAAGGAGUAUAACUAUGAAAAAUAUGGUGGUUGGAAGUAUAAUAUGGAUAAAUCGUUAUAUGAUAUAGUGUGCGACGGGGGAUUUAAUUUUGGAUCUGAUUAUUCAAAUUUAGAGACGUUUAACCCUGAAGCGUUGAUUGUUUAGAAUGAAUUGUACAGUAGUAGUAUAUAGAAAUAUAUGCUGAUUAAUUUUAAUAAAGGCCUUACCAGGCAUUUGUGCUGUUGUAUAUCAGUCCCUAGAUUUAACGACUAUGGGUAAAAUUCCGCUAGAUAUCGCAGACAAAAAAAUGUGAUGGAAUAUCGUAUCAUGAACUCGUGUGAAGAGGAAUCUCUAGAUC